CUCGUGUCCACAUUUGUUCAAGAUUAUAAUUAUAAACACGCCCCCCUCGUGAAAGUAAAAACGCAAACAUCAUAAGAAACAUAAUUCUUCUGGCUUCACUGACGAUUUGUGAUGGAGAAGAAGAAGGCCAAUCAUGGAGAUGACGGGCAUGAUUGUAUUUGUGUUCCUCCUAUCCAUAGCCAAGUCGUGAAGAUAAAGAAAGAGUUUGAGAAGAUACACCACCCGUCGCUAAGGCAGCCUGAGAUGCCAAGAGUGCUUAGAAAGAUCAUGGCUCCACGGCGUUCCCGUUCUCCACUCGGGUUAGAUGAAAGAGAGAGACCCAUCUCCGUUGGCAAUUGAUAGCAAGGAAAAAGAGAGAGAUGAAAAGGAGACGAGAUAGGUUAUCCUCUUGUGUGUUAAUUAGGGUUUCUCUUUUGGAUUUCAAUGUAAAUAUCUUUGGUUAACGUGAUAAGUCUCCUGUUCAA